AGAUGAGCAAGAGUCGUCAUAGUUCAAUGCAUAAGCUUACGGGUCCUCCUCAGAUCGUUAUGUUUGAUGGAGAAGAAUCAAGAUUUCAAAAAAGAAUUUUCAGAGGUUUUAAGUUCUGUAUUAUUAAGAGCAUUCGACUGAUAAAAUAAAAUUUUGUUGGGAGCAAUCUCCUAUUCACAAAACGAAUGAUUUCAAUUUCUAAAAAGUCAAUUAUGUUGAUCAAAAGGAUAUGGAUGUCCAUGUUCGUAAUAGUUAUCAGUUGCCAUAAAUUUAUAAGCGUAAAAAUCAACUAUACAAUGAAUGCUUUGUUGUAUCUCCCCAAUUAACUGCAGGUUCAUCGAUCAUGUAUAUUUUAGAAUCGGAGUAAAAGUUUGGGAAAUAUGCCAAACGAUACACUUAGGAUUCAGACAUAUUUUCACUCAAAAUUCCAAUGGAAAAAUAGUACUCUCAGCACUCAUCUGCAUAUGGGCAGUUCUACUUCCAACCAGAAUUUAAGCUAACUAAAACUAAACCUGUUUUCAAAUAUCACACAGCAAAAAGUCAAAUUCUUGGCAACUCCAGACUACAAUAUAUUAAAUUAAGGCAGGAAAUGGAUUGA